AUGGAAAGGUCUAAAUAUGGUGGGAAUCAAGAUCAGGAUUCUCUGCUAGUUAUCAUCAGUUCCAAUGUAAAAGAGCAAGCAUAUUACAUGAAAAGAGCUAUAGAUCAAGAUUCUCUGCGGGAUUCUUUGAAGCACGCAUCAAAUAUGCUCUGUGAGUUGCGUACAUCAUCCUUAUCACCAAAGCACUACUAUGAGUUAUAUAUGCAGAUAUUUCAAGAAAUGCACGAUUUAUCAAAUUUUUUUGAUGAUAAAAUCAGACAUGGUAGGAAGAUGAGUGAAUUGUAUGAAUCUGUGCAACAUGCUGGAAAUAUAAUACCACGUCUCUUUUUACUUGUUACAGCCGGAGCUUGCUAUAUAAGAUCUUUAGAAGUCCCUGCUAAGGAAAUAUUAUUUGAUAUGUCGGAACUAUGUAGAGGUGUGCAGCAUCCAAUACGUGGUCUAUUCUUAAGGUAUUUUUUAAUUCAAAUGUGUAAAGAUGUACUACCAGACACUGGCAGUGAAUAUGAGAAGAACGGAGGCGGAAGUACAUUAGAUUCUUGGGAGUUUCUAUAUUCAAAUUUUUGUGAAUCAACUAGAUUAUGGAUCAGACUACAGAAUCAUGGUAGUCCAAAGGAUAGAAGUAGGCAAGAACGUGAAAGACAUGACUUGAGGAUACUUGUUGGUGCUAACUUACUUCGCGUUUCUCACUUGGACGGUAUUACUCAGUCAAUAUAUACCCAAGAAGUAUUACCAAAGCUAUUGGAUGUAGUAUUAAGCUGUGAUGAUACAUUAGCACAACAAUACUUAUUAGAUUGCAUAAUACAAGUAUUUUCAGAUGAAUUACAUUUAAAAACUUUGGAAACACUACUAGCAGCUUGUAUGAAAACAUUACCGGGUGUUGAUCUUAAGCCUAUACUAACUAAUUUAAUGAAUCGUUUAUCAAAUUUUUUGCAUCAAAGCAAGGAUAAUGAUUUGUUGGAUAAUAUUGAUAUAUUUGAGCUAUUUAGAAAGCAUCUUGCAGAGCUUCAUGAAAGGGCACAGCCAAGCAGCAGAAAACAAGUUGGUAACUCUCUAGAAAGGGAUUUAUCAAGCUUAUUAGAUUUACAUUUAGCUUUCUUAUCUUUUACCUUAACUCUAUAUCCAAAUAAUGCCUAUUAUGUAGAUAUUAUCUUGGGAUCAACUGUUACGUUGUUAACAAAUGCACUUGGUAUUAAAUCUGAUGGAACUUGUGGAACUACUUUAGAGCCGAAAUGUAUUGAUAGUGUCGUAGAAAUUUUAUCACUACCUUUCCAAUCCUUACCACUGUCAAUAUUAGUUGAGAUGAAUCACUUCCCUAAUCUUUUGUAUUUUCUCAACUAUCAGACAGGAAAGAAGGUAGCCAUCUCAAUGGUUAGAACGGUAGUGGAGAAUAACACUCCACUAGAUAAUGCUGAAGCACUACGACGAUACUGUGGAUUUAUCUCACCACUAUUAGAGGAUGAAAAUGACCAUUUAGCUCAUAAUAUAGCAAACAAAACUGAUGAUCUAGAACAAGAUAAUGCGGAAUUUGUGAACGAGCAGAUGCUUGUCGCAAAGCUAGUACAUCAGAUUCAACAUGAAGAUCUUAAUCAAAUAUUUAUUAUGUAUGGAAUUUUACGGGAACUGUUUUAUCACAGCACAAGCAAACGUUACAAAUAUACUUUACCUACAUUAGGCUAUUGUUCACUAAAAAUAAUAAGUUCCUUGAUAGACAAACGUGGUGUUGAAUCGAAUAUGACUAAUAAUGACUUAACAAGACCUUCAAUAAAGAAGAUUUUGCAAUUUAUUCACCAAAUUGCCACUGAAUUAGUCUCUUGUUCAGCAGAAAUUGCUCUGAGCUUGUUUUUACAAGGAGCCGUAAUGGCUAGUCGAGUUAAUGAACCUGAUAGCUAUGAAGCAAUUUGUUGUGAAUUUAUUACACAAAGCUUAGUAUGCUUUGAAGAAGAGUUAGCUGAAUCUAAAAAGCAAUUCCAAAGUCUUAUGGCAAUUAUUGGAACUUUAAUCAACCAUGUAUCUUGCUUGGAAAGUAACAACUACGAAUUAUUAGCUGCAAAAUUGACACAAUAUUCUGCAAAGUUACUGAGGAAACCUGAUCAAUGUAGAGCAAUAUUAAUGUGCUCUAAUCUUUUCUGGAAUAAUGACAAAACAAGAGAUCCUGAUAGAGUUUUGGAAUGUCUGCAAAAGUGUCUCAAAAUUGCAGAUGCUUCUGUUCAAAUGGCUCCUGGAAAUUCUGCACUUUUUAUUGACAUUUUAGAGAAGUACAUGUACUAUCUAGAACAAGGAAAUUCAAGCAUUACUACUGACUUUAUAUCGAAUUUAGUUACACUUUGUUUUGAACAUAUUCAAUUUGCAGGUAAUGAGAUACCCGAAGGACCAAAAAUACUUCUUAGAAAUUUAUCUCUACAUAUUAAUGAAAAUAAAAGUAUUUACAAAAACUUUAAAAUUGAGGAUUCAAUUAUUUCUAGCUUAUAG